AUGCCGACCCUGCCCUCCAUCCCUCCGCCUGAACAGCGGACGACGUUCGACGGUUGGAGGGCAGAAAGAGCUGCGGCUGCGUCUCCACCAGUCCACCACCUCGCCAGCUCCUGCUCCGGACUCCGACGGGAAGAGAGGGAGAGGGAGAGGAGAGGGGGCGGCGGCGGCAUGGCGUCGAGGGUGCCGACGUGGAGGGAGCGGGAGAAGAACCGGCGGCGCGAGCAGCGGCGUCGCGCGGUCGCCGCCAACAUCUUCCACGGGCUGCGCGCCCACGGCGGCUACGCGCUCCCCAAGCACUGCGACAACAACGAGGUGCUCAAGGCGCUCUGCCACGAGGCCGGCUGGACCGUCGAGCCCGACGGCACCACCUACCGCAAGGGUGGCAAGCCUCCGGCAGCAGAAGGCGCCAACCCGAAGGUCCGGUCGGGCUCCCCAAUUAGCCCGUGCUCGUCGCACCCGGUGAGCCCGCGGGCCUCGUACAACCCGAGCGCAGGGUCGUCCACCUUCCCGAGCUCCGGCACGUCCUCACAUACCACGCUCGGCGGCGGCGGCGGCGGCAGCUACUGUGAGGGCGGCUCCCUCAUCCCUUGGCUCAAGAACCUCUCCUCCGGCACCGGGUUGGUGUCCUCUUCCAAGUUCCCCCGAUACUCGCCCCACUCGUACUACUUCAGCGGUGGCUCCAUCAGCGCGCCGGUGACCCCGCCGUCCGGCUCGCCGCGGGGCCUGACCCACCUCAACACGGGAUGGGGCGAGUACCCGAGUGUCCAGGUCCAGCCGCCGUGGGUCGGCGGCUACGAUUACGCCUCUCUGCCCAACUCCACGCCGUCGAGCCCCCGCGGCGGCCACGGGGUCGGGGCCGGCCCAGACCCGGCCUGGCUCUCCGGGUUCCAGAUAUCGUCGGCCGGCCCGUCUUCCCCGACCUACAGCCUCGUGGAUCCUUCCAACCCCUUCGGAGCCUUCAGGGAGAUGGCAGCGGCCACCGCGGGCUCUUCGAGAAUGCACACCCCGGGGCAGAGCGGGACGUGCUCGCCGGUGGCGCUGGCGGUCCACGGCGACGUCCAAAUGGGGGAGGAUGACUUCGCGUUCGGAAGCGGCGGGAGGCCGGUGCUGGUGAAUGCGUGGGAGGGGGAGCGCAUCCAUGAGGUGUGCGCCUCGGAUGAGCAUGAGCAUGAGCAUGAGCUGGAGCUCACCCUGGGGCUCGGGAGCUCCAAGACCCGCGCAGGCGCAGUGAACUGAAUCAUAUCAAUGGGGAGAAGAGAUCGACGGAAGCUACCAUGGGAGUUUCGUCAGAUUUCCUUUUUUGGCAGACUAUUUCCGUCCCGUCUACAGGAUCUGAGCUUCAGUUUUUCUACUAAAAACUAUCGACAGAUUUAGCCUCUCUUUUUUGCGAAUUCUCUUUCUGUUUCGCUUUAGAUUUUUUCUUAAGAUGUAAACCUGGCAAGGGAAGAGGGAACCUGCGAUGUCGUGAAAUUUGAUCAGACAGUUGGAUUAUUAUCAGAAUCAGAGAUAUAUGUCGAUCGAUUA